AUGAACGACACGGACGUGUGGAAGAGUAGAGCAAUACUACUUGCUGUUGACAUGCCACAUCAGAUUGCUUUUUGUGACUUGAGUGAAUGUGGCCGUUGCUGA